GUCCGUGAAUCAGUUACGGCUCAGUCUUUAUGGAAAACAGCCCACUGGCAGAAUGGACUUUGCCUCACUUGUACUUGCUAAAUAAAUAAUUCCUGUAUUCUACAGGUAACACUUCCUGAUUCAGCAUGGACCGGUUUGAAGAUCUGUCAGAUGAAGUGGAUCAUGCUUUCUUUGACAGUGAUUUUGAGGAAGAGAAAAAAAAAGCUGAAGAAAACGGUGAAUGCGUAGAGAAAGAAAGUAUGAUGACAGCUCUUACAGACUCCAACUUGGUUUCUAUUUCAAAGGAUACAGGGUGUUAUGAGGAGGAAAGUGAAGAAAAGCAGAAAGAUUUUCAGAAGGAUCAGUCCCUGGAAAAUAACACAGGUUGUCUUGAAGAAGCUUCAUCUUUGUCACUUUCUCUAGUUGCAGAGAAUGCAGGUGCUUCUGGAAUGACAUCCGCAUCAAGUAGUGAAAUACUAGAGAAUGUUCCUGCUGGAAUCCCCAAGAUAGUUAAAGAAGGUGAAGAAGAUUAUUUUACAGAUGAAGAAGAUAGUAGUGAUGAUGAGAAAAACCAGAAGGUUAGACCAAAGUCAGCUAAGCAGUCAAACAACAUGAAAAAGGUUAGCAAAAAAUACACUAAUAUCAGCUUCUCCUCCUCUUCCUCCUCUUCCUCCUCUUCAUCAUCUUCUUCUUCAUCCUCAUCCUCAAGCUCAGAUACAGAUGGUUCUGAUACAGAUUCUGAUAGCUGUUUAUCGGAUUCAUCUCAUUCUUCCUCAAAGAGGAAUCCUUGUAGAAAUGCUCUUCUGUCUCCAAAACAAAAAUCUGACUCAGCAAUGAAAUUACUAGAAGGAAAACCAAAGCCUGUUGACUACUUGGAGGAGUCUGAAGACACAGUAACUGAUGUAACACCUCUGUCAACUCCAGACAUCAGUCCCAUCCAGUCCUUUGAACUUGCAGCAUCAAAUGAUAAGAAACUUAAAGUAAAAAGACAGGAAAAUGUGAAUCAAGAAUUACAUGAUUCCGAGUUUGAUCGCAGAUGUAAUCAGAAAGUCUUGCAUGAUGCCAUGGACCUGAAUCAGCUUUUGAAAGCUUUCCUACAAUUGGAGAAAAAAGAUCAGAAGCUGAACAUUAAUCACCCGUCUAAAGGAAGAAGGAGAAAUUAUUCUUUCACAAGUGAAGAAGUAAAAAAGAUUGAUCGGGAAAACCAAAGGUUGCUAAAAGAACUGUCCAGACAGUCUGCAAAGCCAAGGAGAAGUACCCCGUUGAAGAAGCCAUCUCUGCCACCUCCUAAAUUGUACCACAGUGCCCUCAACAGGCAAAAGGAGCAGCAAAGAAUUGAAAGAGAGAACCUGGCACUCCUGAAAAGACUGGAAUCAGUGAAACCAACACCUGGUAUGAGGCGUAAUGAACAACUGCUGGACUAUCAGCGCCAGAUGAGUUACAUAGGUUCUUCGCCUUCUGUAAGAAGAGGAAAAUCUGCUUUGAGCCAUCUUAGUCCUUUAAGAGCAUCCUAUUCAAGAGCAUCCGCUGUACCAAGUACAAUGAGCCAGAGGAAUGAAAAACCCAUACCUGAUUCAGCCAGUGGGGCAUUACAGAGACCUAAACCCACUACUGUUCGUGCCGCUUGGUUAUAAAUGCGUUCUUUGCCUCGCAUUCUGAGAUGAUACUCGGCCUUUUAUGUUUUAGUGCUUUUGUAAAUUCCAUGGGCAAAAAUAUUUUUUGCAUUGUUGAGUGAUUAAAAUGCAUUGCGUAUGAUAUAAUUGCUUAUAAAAUGGUUUUAAGUGAACACUUUCACUUCAGUAGGUGUGUUCCUGACAGGAAAAACUUAUGAAAGAGAAAGAGGUAUUUAAAUGGUCAAGUUAAAUAGAAAAUGCUAAUUACUAUGUUAUUCUCAGAUCAUAAGUGGCAUUUGUAUCUGUAACAUGGAAGGACAGCAUUGCUGCACUACAGGCACAAGAUGUAAAGAAAACCUUUAAUAAUACUUUAAAACAUUGCAUUAAACUCAUAUGCUUAAUUCCUGGAUUGUCCUUAGUUCCUUGCAUUUCAUCCUGGCUUUAGGUAAGCCUUCUGAGCUUUGUGGUCAUGUUCUUGUGACUGAAGGAAUCUUCUCUUUACAGCAGUAUGAAGGGGUGAAAAGCAGAUUGUGUAUUCCUGCAUGGUUAGCUAGAAUAUUAAGACUGCAGAAGAUGUUCUGCCACUCUUGCACUUCAGGUGUUGAAUGUUUGUUUUGUAUCCAAGGCUGUGUCUCUUCCAGAUUUAAAAGAAUUUUGGAACCUUCAUAUAGGAAAGAAGCAUCUGAUGCUACUUGAACAAGAGCAAAGACUGAAGUGAACAAUAGUUCAGAUUCAUUCUAAACAAGAGUAAGUUUUAGUUACUUUGCAAGCUAGAAAAUACUAAGCAAGGGAAAUAUUUCAUGGCCAUACUUUUGAAGAUCCUUGCCAUUCUUGGUGGGGAAAUGCAAACUUGAGCUGCAGGCAACAUGAACAUCUGAUUUUGAGAGGAACUAUUAACCAGGAUUUAAAAAUAAAUAAAAGCAGAAAACAGAAAACCUUGUUAUGCUCUUAAACUGUGUUUUAACUUCAUGUUCAUACCAAAUACUUGUAAUGUCAGAUAAGCUUCAGUUGCAACAUCUGUUUACAAGGGGAGCAAAAUCUAGUGAAAUCAGUAAUUGCAAAUAGUAGAUGGUAUGCUUUAUUUCUAUGCAUAAAGGCAGACUUUCAGUGAGCUUCUUUUGUAGGACUGUAGUUUUAUAAAAAGCAUAAAUUGUGAUGUCACUAUCCAUGGAUGUUGCUGGAACCUUGCUUGUUUCCCCAGCUUCUUCCCAGGAGAGGUAACAGGAAAUCUCUCUGUGUUGUGCAUAAAGGGAAAAACCAAACCCAGCUGUGUUUAGUAAUGCUGGGUCUUAGCCCUGUGAAAAGGAAAGUUUAUUAUUCUUUGCUCGUGCUUGCAUGAGGGCAUAGGCUUUCAGGUAUUCUGCCUUGUAACAAACAUUUUCUUUGGUCCUGUGUGAUAGUUUGGCAGAGCUUCUGCACUUGAUGACCUGCAGAUCAAAUGCAGCUGUUUGACAGUAUUUGAACUUUAAGCAGCGUUAUGGCAGACAGGUUUUUAUUGCCAUUAUUAUUCAUUGAUAGGGACUGUAAGGAAUUUUUUUUGCAUAGUGCUGAUGUAUUUAUUUGUACUAUUGUGCUCAUUAAAAUUACUCACUAUUUAAAUAUUUUAGUCCUUUAAUGUGAAUAUUAGGCUCACAGUUCAAUACUUUUGAAUGUUCAUAUGGUAAUGUUUUUCUGUGAUCGAAUUGACCAGAUGGAUUACUUUUAAUUGCUUAAUUUUAUUUUAUUUAACUUUGGUAUGAAAGACUGUCAAUUUUAUAUGUGAUUUUUGUAUAUCAUAAGAAAUAAAAUAUUUAACAUGAA